AUGCGUUAUUUUAUUUUUCCAGCGAUGGCUUCCACCGCGGCGGCGAGGCUAACGGGCAAGGUCGCCCUGGUCACCGGCGCGGGUUCUGGCAUCGGCCGCGCGUCCGCCCUCGCGCUCGGCCGCGAGGGUGCCUCUCUCGUCCUCGUCGGCCGGCGACAGGCGCCGCUGGAGGAGACUGCGGGAGCGCUGAAGGCGCUCGACCCGGCCGCUGCUCCGCUGGUGCAGCCGACGGACUGCACCGAUCCGGCGGCCGUGUCGGCGCUCUUCCGUGCCGUCGAGGAGCGUCACGGCCGCCUGGAUGCGCGUGAAAUGUCGAGCGGCGUCGGAGACGCCGCAUGCGUUCCGGUCGCACAGACGCGUGUGGCUGGCACGCUAGGCCGGCCGUGGAACAUCGCCUGCGGCCAGAUCGAUAUUGGCAACGCCGACACGUCGCUCGCCGCCGCCUUCAAGACGGGCGCGAGUCUGCCGCUCGAGGCGAACGUGCUGCAGAUGACGGUCAUGGCCAACAGCAUGCCACUCAUCGGCCGAGGCUAG